AUUGAGUACCAAUGCAUGGACCAAAAUUUCUCUAAAGUCCCAAUGGAUAUACCUUCAUCCACCCAGAACCUGGACUUGAGCUUCAACCCACUGAGGUCUUUGGCUCCACGAAGUUUUUCCAGGAUCACUGAAUUGAGAAUACUUGACUUGUCCAGAUGUGAUAUACAGAAGAUUGAGGAUGACACUUAUGAGGGCCUGCAUAAUCUUUCCACUUUGAUCCUGACGGGAAAUCCAAUCCAGAGUCUGGGACUCAGAGCCUUCCAUGGUCUGCCAAAGUUACAGAAGCUGGUUGUUGUAGAAACAAAUCUCAUGUCUUUAGAAGACUUCCCCAUUGGAUAUCUCAUAACCCUGCAGGAGCUACAUCUGGGUCAUAAUUCCAUCACUUCUCUGCAGUUACCCAAUUAUUUUGCCAACUUCAGUUCCAUGCAGUAUCUGGACCUUCAUCUGAAUCAGAUAAAAAAUAUUUCUGAUGGAGAUUUGGAACCUGUAAAACUGAAUCCCAAUCUUACCCUAGAUCUUUCUGAGAAUCCUAUUCAUUAUAUCCAUCCAGGUGCCUUUAAGGGGAUUCACCUAACUGGACUAAUACUGAGAGGCUGUUUUCACAGCUCAGCAAUCAUGGAGGCUUGUGUUAAGGGAAUGGCUGGUUUACAAGUUGGUAAGUUGGUCCUUGGAAACUACAAAAAUGAUAUCCAAAUGACCAGCUUUGAGAGUAGUAUCCUAGAUGGAUUGUGUGAAGUGGACAUUGGUGAAUUUCGGAUGGUUGCACCCUCUGAGUUCCCUUCAGAUGGCAAUGGAGUUUUCAAAUGUUUAGUCAAUGUUUCUGUUCUCUUUAUGGUUAGAACAGACUUAGAACACCUGAGCAACCUACCCAUAUUUCCUAAGCUGUUCUCCUUGACAUUAACUGACUGCAAUUUUGAUAGACUGCCUAAUUUUCCAUCUACCACUCUCCCCAGCCUUAAAGAACUUCGGGUUACACACCACAAAGAUCUCACCACUUUGUCUGAUUUGGCACUGCCCAAUCUACAAAUUCUGGACCUCAGCAAAAAUGCUUUGAAUGUUUUGUCCUGCUGUUCUGAUGAUAUGUUUGAUACUCCCAAUUUGAAAUAUUUGAAUCUGAGUUACAAUGCCCACAUCACUUUAUCAAAGAACUUUAUGGGUUUAGAGAACCUAGAAUCUCUGGACUUACAACAUACCAUACUGAAAGAUCAGGAUACAUACCCUGCCUUUUUCUCACUCACAAAUCUUCAGUACCUGGAUAUCUCUUACACAAACACUCAUGUCAAAUUUAAAAACAUUUUCACAGGCAUGAGUAAUCUCAAACAUCUGAAAAUGGCUGGCAACUUUUUCCAGGGCAACAUCCUACAUGACAUCUUCAAGAACCUGAGUAAGCUUGUCUCACUAAAUAUUUCCUAUUGUCAGCUAGAAAGGAUAUCCCAUGAGACAAUGAACUCACUUCAUCAACUACAGGUAUUGGAUCUGAGCCACAACAAACUCCAGACUUUUGAUCCACUCAUUUGCAUGCCUCUUUUGAACCUCCAAGUCCUGAAUUGCAGUUCUAACAGCAUAACAGCCCUGAAUGGAGAGAAUCUACAGGAACUAUCAAGGACUCUCAUUUCCAUUGAUCUUUCUGACAACCCAUUUGACUGUGUCUGUGACCAUCAAAUCUUCUUUCAGUGGGUGAAAGAGCAUACACAUCUCUUGAAUAGAUCUAAGCCAAUGAAUUGCCAGACCCCUUCUCAUAUGAAAGAUGUCUCUGUGUUACUUUUUGAUGAUUCAACCUGUCAGAUGAAAAAGACAGUCAUUGCUGUGUCUAUUUUGGGAAUUAUAGUGAUACUUUUGGUACUGGCCUUAGUCUAUAAGUUCUAUUUCCAUUUGAUGCUGCUUGCUGGCUGUAAAAAAAUUGGUGGAGGGGAAAGCACCUAUGAUGCUUUUGUCAUCUACUCUAGUCAAGAUGAGGAUUGGGUGAGGAAAGAAUUAGUGAAAAACCUUGAAGAGGGUGUUCCUUCAUUCCAACUCUGCCUCCACUACCGAGACUUUAUCCCUGGUGUGGCUAUUGCUGCCAAUAUCAUUCAGGAAGGUUUCCAUAAGAGUCGGAAGGUCAUUGUUGUGAUCUCAGAGCACUUUAUCCAGAGCCACUGGUGCAAGUUUGAGUAUGAAAUUGCCCAAACAUGGCAGUUUCUGAGCAGCCAGGCAGGUAUCAUCUUCAUCAUUCUACAGAAAGUGGAGAAGUCACUGCUGAGACGGCAAGUAGAACUCUACCGGCUACUAAACCGAAAUACCUACCUGGAAUGGGAGGACACUAAUCUGGGUAGACAUGUGUUUUGGAGACGGCUGAGGAAAGCAUUGCUAGAUGGCAGAACAAGGAGACCUAAAGGAGCAGCUGAAGAGGGGAUCAGACAGCCAGUGUCACCCACUUGAUGCUGAAAGGAGAAGAAAAAAGUACAGGCCAUUCUCUUUCUCUUGUGUAUCCAUUUUUUGACCUCCAUUACUGUGGUGCAAUGUGAUACUGAGUCUCAUACAGGUGAGAGUAGGAAGAGAUAUUAGACACUAUGUAGUCCUUUCCUUCCAUUUUGCAAAUGAAUAAAAGGGUAAAUUUGUAUUUUAAAUUUCAAGUACUCCAAACAAUCACAGAUGUUUAACACUGAAAUGGGAAACAUGUGAAACUAAAAAGGAAACAGGUAGAUCUGUGUUUCUAGCAUCAGCAAAGCCAGUAACUAGUCUGAGCUUGGAGCAUCUCAUUUUUUCUAUGAUUUUUUUUCCUCUUCCAUAAAAUGAGGAGGUAAAACUAGUUGAAUUUUUUAGUCUUCUUCAUCUCGCAUGAUAUAUGACCAUUUUUACUACAUUAAAAGACAAAUUUCCCAAACAUUUCAGCUAAUUUAGGUAUUCUCUUUCUUUCUUAAAGGAGUUGCUCAAAGAAUAAGAGGUAAUGCUCAAACUAGAUUUCAGGUUAAAAAAUUCUGGAAAUAAAUUCAUUAUUUAAAAAGAAGAAGAAAAAGAAGAAAUUUGAAGUGUAUACUUUUUCCUAUAGGAAUCAGUACUAAGUGAUCCCUGUUGUAGCAUUAAAAUUGUUUGGAUAGAAUGAUUAUCCUUAGUGGUAUAAUCUAAAUAUUAGAUUUCCUAGAGGAAGAGUAUUAAUUCUAGAGUUUUCUUUUUUUUCUAGAAUUCUCAAAGUACAAUUAAGAAUGUAAAUUCUGUUGCUACUUAUUAAAAGAUUUUGGAGCA